AGCAGAGCACUUUCACUUUGAGCGAGUGAGGACACAGAGUGGCCAGAGGGAGAGAUAGACAAGAGCAGGCCAGUGUCUCUCCCGCUUUAUCCAUUAACCAGUUUCGAGGGAGAGGGGAGUGGUUCAAAUUGGGCUGUUCAAGAAGAUUCUAGGUCAGUAGUGAGAGGGUGAAAGGGAAAGAGAUAUAGUAAAAAAACAAACAAAAGAUUACAUAGGAAAAGGCUUCAGCCACUCAGGCUUAAGUGGGAAAAUCCAAAGUGAGAGAGCGGGAUGGCGUGAGAGGAUAAAUGAGGUAUUUAUUGGAAAGUACCAAAAGGACUCCAAAGGAAGGAAUGUAUAAGGGAUGUCAACAAGAAGACUACAUAUCAGACGGUGAAGGAGAACACACAGCAGCGCACUCUGUGUCAAAGACCUGAAGAAACCACAGAGGAGGAAGCUUUGCCUUUCACAGACUGACACAGAAACACGUCUGCAGAGAGAUUGCCCUCAACAAGAGAAAUGGAGAAGUGUCCAUUCUUAGAAAGAUAAAAGGAUGUCACUGCCAGUUUUGCUGUUGCUAUCACUCUUGACUGUCCGAUGUGGUGGAUGUGACUUUGACAGGGAAGGUGUGAAAAAUAUUAAAAGGACAAUCGACUCUAAUCCGACUGGAUUUCGGACAGUAUUUCCUAAGGAUUACUAUGUAGUGCACCGCUACGCAAAAAGAAUGCUCUGCGACAGGGAUCCGUGUUGUGUGUUCCCUGCUGCAGUCGUCCUGCUUGAAUCAUGGCAUGUGCUUCUCGGAAACCUCUGGGAUGAGCACCUUAAUCAAUCCUUAAUCCUGGAUCUAAAGCUGACCCUGAGUAAAAUUAUAAGAAGCAACAAAAAUACAGAGAGGUUCCAGGAGGAGACGGACCUGACCCAGUUCUCCCCACUAUCUUCCUCUCCUGAAGAACUUCUGAAGCUAACGUCAGAACUCCUCACUCGAUGGCUCGAUGUCGCCUGCCUACCGCAAAUGAAAACCUGCACCCUGCCCACCUUGCCCCCCCCUCUAGAGAGGAAGGACUACGGUCCGUCGAGGGCCAGACUCUUGACGACUCGAGCUCUCAGCAGUGAGGAGGAGGGGAAGUCUGGGAAGAUGAUAGACAAUACGCAGCCUCCGUCCAGCAGUGCUCCUCCGACCCUGUCCUAUGCUGCCUCUCUCUGGAGCACCUUGCUAUUCAGACUGUACUGGUGGUUGUUGCCAUAGUUACUCCAAGGAUCUUCUGUUUUUUGAUGAUGCACACAAAAUGCAAGACAUUUCCUGGCACUGAAUGUUUGUUUUUCUUAUACUUGCGUCUUUGUGUUUUGAUGCAGCGAGCUUUGUUAAUAUGAUGUGACAUGCACCGGUUGUAUUUAAUGUCCAAAGUUAGUCACGUAGCCGUGCAACACUUUUCUUUUUUAGUCACGUAGCCGUGCAACACAACUGAUAUCACAAAUAUAACCAUAUAGCCAUUCUCUCUCUCUCUCUCUCUCUCUCUCUCUCCCUCUCUCUCUCUCGAGCAAAGCCACAAGCUCCAGCUAGCUAUGCUCUACAUGCUAACCAGAGAUAAAUGCUGAGCAAGCCAAUGCACACAAGCCAUCGUCUAUUGAUGUGGAAUUCAUCACUGUUUACAAUGAAUGUUAUGUAAAUGUAAGAUAUUACAGUUUAUGGGCGUUUUACUUUUGUACAUAAUUGUAAAUUAAAGACAUUUAGAUAUAUAUAUACAUUGUUAGUUUUUGAUAUAUUAUCCCAUGUUUAAGCUAUAUUUAUUGUGGUCUGUGCUGUUUGUCAUCAUUAACUAAAAAUAACCAAGUAUAUAUAAUCAAGUAAUGCACAACGUUUAGGUACUUGUACACACUUUACUGGAUUAUUUUAAUUUGAUGGUACUUUUUACUUCUAUUCUUCAACAUUUUAAAGGGAAAUAUUUGACUUUUUUAACCACUCCAUUUAUCUGACAGCUAUAGAUAAGUCAUUAAAAUGAGCUCAAACAGCAAAGAGCUGACACUUUCAAUGCAUCAACAAUACAGAGAGCAUUUUUCUGCAUAUAUUCUUUUCGUUUUUAAUUUAUUUUAUAAGUAAAGCUUAAAUAAAUACUUUUGAAUGUA